UUCAAUCGCCUCCUCGCAGGCAAAAAUGGGGCAGUUUCAGCACCUGCUGGCACAUAGACCAUGUACAAUCAAGCUCAUGCCCAUGCCCAUGCCCAUGCCCUCAGCCUCUCUCCUUCCCAUCAAUGCCGCCUUCUCAAAGCUUCCCACCUCUUCUUCUCUCAGACUCACCCCGCCCACUCGCCUUCUUCCUAUCUCGGCCGCCCCAUCUCGUUUUGUCUGCAAGAUGAACGGUUCAGUUUGGCUGAAUUUCAAUCCUGGCCAGGGGCUGAAAAGGCACCAAGAUCAAUUAGAUUUGACAUCGCAGAUGGAACUUGGGAAGUCAGGCGGAAAAUGGAAACCACAGAGGCAAGUGAAUGGAAUAUUCUGGAUCAUUCUUCUUAAUCUUGGAAUAUUUGUGGCAGAUCAUUUAUUUCAGGUUCGGGCCAUCAAAACCCUAUACUUGUAUCACAAUUGGCCUGCUUGGUACCAGUUUGUGACGGCAACAUUCUGUCAUGCUAAUUGGAACCAUCUUUCCAGCAACCUCUUCUUUUUGUAUAUUUUUGGAAAACUGGUUGAAGAGGAGGAAGGAAACUUUGGGUUGUGGCUUUCUUAUAUUCUUACAGGUGCUGGAGCAAACCUUGUCUCGUGGUUGGUUCUACCCAGAAAUGCAGUUUCUGUUGGAGCCUCGGGUGCUGUUUUUGGCUUAUUUGCAAUUAGUGUCCUUGUGAAGAUAUCCUGGGACUGGAGGAAGAUACUUGAAGUACUCAUAUUGGGCCAAUUUGUUAUAGAGAAGGUGAUGGAAGCAGCCCAAGCUUCAACAGGAUUGUCAGGCACUUUCCUUGGAGGCUAUUCCAUACAGAGCAUCAAUCACAUCGCACAUCUGUCUGGCGCUCUUAUUGGUGUGCUUCUUGUAUGGCUUCUCAGUAGAGUUCCUUCUCAACCUUCCAAUCAAGAAGUAUCAACCUUGCAUACAAAAACAGACACAACUCAAUAACCAAGUUUAGCUUUGUUUGUUGAAGAGGGGGCCUUAUUUUGAGGGAUUUAGUUGCAUACUAGUCUUGCUGUCGUUCUUUUUUUUAAAGGAAUUCCUUAACUGCUCCAGUCAGAAUUCUGAAACUAGAGUGGCUUUGGGAAAAUGCCAAACUGGGGUUGCAGAGAAUCCUUUUUCUUGAGCUGUGAGUUGGAACUCAUGAUGGAGAAAAGAUGCCAUGAUAGGCCCUAGAGGGUGGCUCCCAAGCUCUCUAUUGAGGACUUUUUAUGUAAAUGAAAGCUUGACACUGCUUGCUGUAAAGACUAAAUGUCCAUAAAUUUGGAUUUUCUUCAUUCGUACAUGUUCUGGAUCAGUUCCCAAAA